GAUGACGUCAUCGAAUCAGUGACGUAAUAAGAAUUCACUAUAGAAUGGAAUCUUGGAUCUAGAAUUCUGGCACCCCAUCGUGUGUCCACAUAAUCUGUCUUGACACAAAGACUUCACAGGACACGCCAACGGCCAGCAAACGCACAAAAUCAAGAUGAGCGACGAGGGAAAAUCUCUACUGGUGUCUUCCUCGGGGUUCUAUGCCCACUUUCUGAGGAGAGAAUUCUGCGACGCGGUGGUCGAAGUCGAGGACGUAGCUUUUAAAGUCCACAAAGUCAUCCUGUGUAAAUGCAGCCCUUACUUCAUCGCUCUCUUCAGACGCUGGUCGCUUCCAGACAGAACCGUAUUCCACAUCCUCGGCGUGUCUCCUCACGCCAUGCAGCUCAUCAUAGAGUUUGCCUACACGGGCUCCAUCGCCGUGACGGAGGAAAACGUGCAGGAGCUGCUGCUGGCGGCCGACCAGCUCAACGUGAUGGGCGUGGUGCGGAGCUGCUGCGACUUCCUGCUCGGGCUGCUCUGCCCGAGGAACUGCGUCGGCAUCUUUCAGUUCACCGACAUCUGCUUCUCCAGGGACCUGCGGAACAGGGCCUUCAGCUACAUCGUCGGCCACUUUGACGAGGUCGCUCUCACCGAGGAGUUCCUGCAGCUGUCCGCGCUGCAACUGGCCAACGUCCUGGACAGGGACGACCUCAACGUGAGGGUAGAGAGCUUUCCGUUCGAGGCCAUCCUCCGCUGGAUCGCCCACCGCCCUCAGGAGCGUGAGGCCGACAUGGUGGUGCUUUUCCCUAUGGUCCGACUCGCCAAUCUGAGCGAAGGCUACUUAAAGAUCACCGUGAAGUCCAACGAGCUGGUGAAAAAACACCCGGAAUGCACGGCCUUGGUCAACGAUGCCUUCAACACCAUAUCUUUCCUCAGGAAGUGCGGAACCACCAAUUUUGACUUCUGGAAAACGGUUGCCCGCCCCCGCCUGCCCAACGCCAUCCUGCUGGCCAUCGGCGGCUGGAGCGGCGGCGACCCGACAAACAGUGUGGAGGCGUACGACGUCCGCGCCAACUGCUGGCUCGACGUGACCAAUGGCGACGAGCGGCCCCGCGCCUACCACGGCUGCGCCAUCCUCGCCGGCAGCGUUUACUGCAUCGGCGGCUUCGACAGGGCCGAGCACUUCAACAGCGUGUGUCGGUUGGAGCUGAGCACGCUCACCUGGCACGCGGCGGCGCCCAUGUACCACCGGCGCUGCUACGUGAGCGUCAGCGUGCUGGGCGACUUCAUCUACGCCAUGGGGGGCUUCAACGGGCACGCGCGGCUCAGCUCGGCGGAGCGCUACCGGCCCGACACUAACCAGUGGAGCCCGAUCGCGCCAAUGCACGAGCACCGGAGCGACGCCAACAGCACGACGCUGCACAACAAGAUUUACAUUUGCGGUGGUUUCAAUGGGACAGAGUGCCUGCAAACGGCUGAAUGUUACGACCCGGGGACCAACCAGUGGACCAUGAUCGGCUCCAUGGGCAGCCGGCGCAGUGGAGUCGGCGUCACCACAUACGUAGACCACAUGUAUGCAGUCGGCGGCUUUGACGGCACCAACCGCCUGUGCAGCACCGAGGUCUACGACCCGCUGAGCGACGCCUGGUACGAGGUGGUCCCCAUGCUGACUCCCCGCAGCAACUUCGGCAUCGUGGUGCUGGACGGCAGCCUCUUCGUGGUCGGGGGCUUCAAUGGCAUGACCACCACCAACCAGGUGGAGUACUACGACGCCGCCACCAACAAGUGGGAGCACGCCUGCAGCUUGGACUUGUUCCGCAGCGCGCUGAGCUGCUGCGUGGUCUCCAGGCUGCCCAACAUGAUCGGGUACGUCGUCUCCCGGAACCGAGACCCGGUGGCGGAGGAAGGGUUUGAGGAGUCGGGGGACUCGGGCUGAAAGCGGCCUGCGUUCCUCACCCAAGCCGAAGAGAGUUCGGACAUGAAAUACUGAAAUAAAUGUUAUCUGGCGUUGAACUGGUGUCACUAAGCUGCUUGAGCUCGUUCGGCUUGUAAGUUUUAUGUUCCGUGAGGACACAGGGUUGAUCCAGAAUGCACCACUGCAACAAUAACUCCCAAAUACGAUGAAAUGUGGGGUGGAUUUGCGUCAGGAACUCUCUCACACUACUUUUUACACACAUGAUUUUCUAAUAUAUUUAAUUUUUUGGGGACCAAUCAAGUUAUUGUGUUACGUCGACUCAGUUGUCACAUAACUUCAAUACUCUUCUACUAAUCACUACUUAUCACUGCUAAUGGUAAAAUGUUCCCCGUCAAUCCGAUGGCUCGACGACUGAGACUUUACUCAGACUGUUAUUUCCCUGUGGAGUGGAGGAAUAAAAGAAAAAGGGAAGGAAACAGGAAAAUAGAGAGAAAGACAUGACAAAAAAAACAUGAUUCUUUCAGAAUAGAAAUCGUUGCUGUCACAUGACACGCGUGUCCCAGUGUCGUCCAACUAAAUUUGGACAAAACUGGGAUAAUAAUAAUUCAUAAAUGGUUUCGCUGUGUGUGUUUUGGGAAUAAAACAAAAUACUUUAUUAAUAAUUAGUUCAUUUGACUUAUUACAGGGGCAACACAGACAGGUUUAAAAACGCUGGAAUGUCUUUCUCAUUGUGAAAAUGUAAGAAAUACAGAAUUUGACACAAACAGAAAAACUCCUGUAUUAUUGCUCUCUUUUUGUCGCUUGCAUCUCUUCUUCAAGUCCUUCUUCACUCAUUUAUAGGACCAUUGUGCUGGUCGACCUCUGAAAACAAUAGCUUUACUUAUUCUAUUAGUUUCAAUUACAAAUUGCUUUUACAUUACAUGUCAUCGUAGCUGACACUUUUAUCCAAAGCGACUUAAAUAGCAUUUUAACCCAUGGUUUUAUAUUUUGCCUGGGGAGCAAUUCGGGGUUGGCUGUCUUGCUCGGGGACACUCGGGGAAAAUCAAAACGUUGAGGCUUUCGUCGGCGCUCUCGCCGUAGUUAUUAAAACCACUAGAACACUCUGGAACAUCUGACCCCAAAGAAAGUGUGUCAACGGAGCAUGUGAGGUGGAGGAGGGACGAGCUGGGACUUGAUU